CGCCAGCAGGGCAGCCCGGCAGCCCCCGACACCGGUAGGGCUCCGCAAGGCGCCUGCUGAGCUGCCUGACGUGGCCGGCCUGCCGGGGCCCCAAGAGCCAGGAAUCUCUGGAGCCUGGCAGCUUGGCACCCGGAGCGCCAGGCUGAAUGUUAACGAGCGCGCUCAGUCCUUGGCAAAGAACCAGAACCCAGCUUGGAAAUCCGGACCACUGGCAGAGCCAGGGCCCUUGCUGCUUAAAGGUGCAGAGGAGACGGCGCUCGGCAGCCGCUUCCCCGCGCCUCUGCCACGGUUCAGGAUGCAGCAGCUGAUUUCCUGCCUGGGCUUGUGGCUCUUCUUCCAGCUCCCCUGCCUGAGCUCUGGGACACGUGUCGUCUACAAGGUACAAGAGGAGCAGCCGCCAAACACGCUCAUCGGCAGCCUGGCAGCAGACUAUGGCUUCCCAGACGUGGGGCACUUGUAUAAGCUGGAGGUAGGUGCCCCCUACCUGCGUGUGGAUGGUAAGACCGGUGACAUCUACACUACAGAGACCUCCAUUGACCGAGAGAGCCUGCGAGAAUGCCAGCAGCUGUUUCCAGGGGACCCGUGCUUCCUGGAGUUUGAGGUUUCCAUCACGGACCUGAUGAACAAUAGCCCGCGCCUGCUGGAAGGGCAGAUUGAGGUGCUGGACAUCAACGACAACACACCCAACUUUGCCUCUCCCGUUAUCACGUUAGCCAUUCCUGAAAACACCAAUAUUGGGGCACUCUUCCCCAUUCCGCUGGCCAUGGACCGCGAUGCUGGCGCCAACGGUGUGGCUUCCUAUGAGCUCAUGCCAGGUUCAGAUGCCCAGAAGCUUUUUGGCUUGCAGGUAGCAGAGGACCAAGAGGAGAAACAGCCACAGCUGAUCGUCAUGGGAAGCCUCGACCGGGAGCAAUCGGAGUCCUACGACCUGACUAUCAAAGUACAGGACGGGGGCAACCCACCGCGUGCUAGCAGUGCCUUGCUGCGCAUCACCAUCCUGGACAUGAACGACAAUGCGCCCAAGUUUGAGAAGCCCCUCUACGAGGCCGAACUCUCGGAGAACAGCCCCAUUGGUCACUCCGUGCUGCAGGUGAAGGCCAAUGAUUCCGACCAGGGUGCCAAUGCUGAGAUUGACUACUCCUUCCACCAAGCUUCAGAUGUGGUUCGCCGGUUGCUGCGCUUGGACAGAGCCACUGGACUUAUCACUGUUCAGGGUCCCGUUGAUCGUGAAGACAUCAAUGUGCUCAAGUUCUCCGUGUUGGCCAAGGACAAAGGGGCCAACCCCAAAACUGCCCGUGCCCAGGUGGUGAUUAGCGUCAGGGAUAUGAAUGACAACGCUCCAUCCAUUGAAAUCCGCGGCAUUGGCUUGGUCACCCACCAAGAUGGCAUGGCUAAUAUCUCAGAAGAUGUGCCGGUUGAGACACCUGUGGCUCUGGUACAGGUGUCUGAUCGGGAUGAAGGUGAGAAUGCUGUUGUGACCUGUGUGGUGGCUGGUGAUGUACCUUUCCAGUUGCGACAAGCCAGUGACACCGGAAGUGACAGCAAAAAGAAGUAUUUUCUCCAGACCACAACGCCGCUAGACUAUGAGGCCGUGAAAGAAUACACCAUUGAGAUUGUGGCUGUGGAUUCUGGCAACCCACCUCUGUCCAGCACCAACUCUCUCAAGGUGCAGGUGGUGGAUGUGAAUGACAAUGACCCAGUUUUCAGCCAGAGCUCAACAGAGGUGUCUUUCCCAGAAAAUAACUCCCCAGAUGACUUGGUGGUCGAAGUGAGUGCUACUGAUGCAGACAGCGGGUCCAAUGCUAAGCUGGUGUACUCCCUAGUGACAGAGCCUUCAUCCAAAGGCAUAUUCUCCAUUGAUCCAGAGUCUGGUGAAAUCCGGGUUAAGACUGUCCUGGACCGCGAGCAGCGAGAACGCUAUGAAUUCUUGGUAGUCGCAGCGGACAAGGGCAGCCCUAGCCGGAAGGGGACGGCCUCUGUCGCCAUCAACGUCAUGGACCGCAACGACAAUGACCCAAAGUUCAUGCUAAGUGGCUACAACUUCUCUGUCAUGGAAAACAUGCCCCCUCUGAGUCCCGUGGGCAUGGUGACAGUAAUCGAUGCAGACAAAGGGGAGAAUGCCUUCAUUCAGCUCUCAGUAGAGCAGGACAACGGGGACUUUGUUAUCCAGAAUGGUACUGGCACCAUCCUCUCCAGCAUUUCCUUUGACCGCGAGCGGCAGAGCACUUACACCUUCCGACUGAAAGCUGUCGAUUCAGGUGACCCGCCCAGGUCUGCCUAUGUGGGGGUGACCAUCAAUGUGCUUGACGAAAACGACAACGCUCCCGUCAUCAUUUCUCCAUCCAACGCCUCCUACAAGCAUAUCCAGCCACACACUAGUCCCGGGCAGCAGGUCAUGAGUGUCGGAGCCGAAGACAUUGACUCUGGGAUCAACGCCGAGCUGCAGUACAGCAUCAUGGGUGGAAACCCCUUUGAGCUCUUCAAGAUUUCGCCCCAGAGUGGAAACAUCACUUUGGAAAAGGAGAUCCUCCGCAAACACCACGGGCUUCACCGCCUGGUGGUGCGCGUCAACGACAAGGGCAAGCCGUCUCGCCACGGCACCGCCCUUGUCCAUUUCUACGUCAACGAGACCCUGACCAACCGCACGCUGCUGGAGACACUGGUGGGGCACAGCUUGGACACGCCCAUCGACAUUGACAUCGCCGGCGACCCCGAGUACGAGCGCAGCAAGCAGCGCAGCAACAUCCUCUUCGGGGUCAUCGCGGGCAUCGUAGCCGUCACCCUGGUCAUUGUGCUGGUUGUGCUGGUGCGCUACUGCCGCCAGAAGGAGGCCAAGAGCGGCUACCAGGCGGGCAAGAAGGAAACCAAGGACCUGUACGCUCCCAAGCAAGGCAGCAAAGGGAACAAAGCCAAGAGCAAGGUCCGGAAGAACAAAUCCCCCAAGCCGCCCAAACCAGCCGAGGACGAGGAAGAGACGGGCCUGCAGAAAUCCCUCAAGUUCAACCUGAUGAACGACUCGGUCAGCGACAGCCCCCGCAUCCACCUGCCCCUUAACUACCCCCCUGGCAGCCCUGACUUGGGCCGCCACUACCGCUCCAACUCCCCCCUGCCUUCCAUCCAGCUCCAGCCCCAGUCGCCGUCUGCCUCCAAGAAGCACCAGGUGGUUCAGGACCUGCCGGCCACCAAUACAUUUGUGGGCACAGGGGACAGCAAUUCCACAGGCUCGGAGCAGUAUUCAGACUACAGCUACCGCACCAACCCUCAGAAAUACACCAACAAGCAGUUACCUCAUCGCCGAGUGACAUUCUCUGCAGCCAACCAGGCGCAAGAUCUGCAGGACCCCUCCCAACACAGUUACUAUGACAGUGGCCUUGAGGAGUCAGAAACACCAAGCAGCAAGUCGUCAUCGGGGCCCCGCAUUGGACCACUGGCUUUGCCGGAGGAUCACUAUGAGCGCACCACGCCAGAUGGCAGUAUUGGGGAAAUUGAGCACCCUGAGAACGAUCUCCGGCCUCUGCCUGACGUAGCCAUGACAGGGAACUGCACCCGGGAAUGCACAGAGUUUGGUCUCGACACCUGCUGGAUGCGGCCAGUCUCUCCGAGCCGGAGGCCCAAGAACGCCCUCAAACUCUCCACAUUUGUGCCUUAUCAAGACAGAGGGAGUCAAGAACAAGUUGGGAAUGGCAGCCCCAGACUCUCAGAAGAGCGCAACACCAAAAUGGCUAACCUCCACCUGCUCCCCACGUACAGUGCCUUCUCCAACAGUAGCCAUGAGCCCUGCAAGGACUCCAUGGAGGAAAUCCCUCUGACCCAGACCUCGGACUUCCAGGCAGCCACCACACCAUCGUCCCAAACUGCCAAGCGGGAGAUCUACCUGUGAGAUGAAGAGGACCGUUGGAAGGUGCCUGCGAAAACACCUCAGACCAGUGUCUGGAAUUCAAAGAAGAAUAAAAAGAAGGGACUUUUCAAACUGUGAUGCUUCUAUCACUCGCAUUGGUGGUUCUGUGCCUGCCAGGUGAGAAUGCCUUGCCCAGGCCCUGGGCACAGGAACACUUCUUACGAACUCAUUGCUCCCAGGGCAAGAGAACCGAUGUCAACUGAAUUACCAAGCUCUCGGUAGAGUGGUCCCUAGAUGCCUGGAAAGAGGGAGAGAGGAACGUAGCGAAGAGGGCUUGGCCUCAUGGCUUCAGGGCUGGGGGUGGGGGGAAGGGCUGAGUUACCAAAGGUCCACGUAGACUUGGUGGAGUCCAUUGGGCACAGGGCCAAGGGCACCUGGCACAGGUCCAGGGGGGAAAAGCUGCCUCUCUUGUUACUGUAGACUCCUGUAAAUAUGAAUCUUAGGAAUGA